AUGUCACGAGAAGUCCAAGGAUAUAGUGACCGCAUCUUUCGUCAACUUGCAACAAAUGACGUCCGCCCAGUGGACAACGCUAGAAAGCCUGGCGACGUCUCUCACUCGGGCCAGGAACAGAGUGGUGCUAUUUCGUGGUGUAUCGUCCCACGCGUCUGUCGGGAUGAUGAAGUGGGAGGGAUGGAGGAACAAGAACAACAUCUAGAAGAAAGUGUUUCCUUAGCCAAUUUCAACAGACUCAAAGCUAAGCCAGCUGUCGUUGCAACUAAGGAAGAUGCGAGUGUCAUCACGGCAUUGAACGCGAACCUAAAGAUGUGUCUCAACUGGAAUGGAGUACUGACUGUUAUCAAGGUUGGAAGCCCGCUACUGUAUCUCGUCAGUAGACCUGUGAUGGUGGUAGAAGCAUUUAAAGGAGGAACGCAAAGCUAUAUAUUAUAUCUUGGCUUCAUAACCGUAACCAACAUUACGGAACGCUAUCGGUAUUGCAUAAUCUUCAACGCUCUCAACGAAUCGCAAGAGCACUACUAG